CAGACCUAAACCAGUCCUCAUUUUAUGUUAUACUUGAGCGUGAGAAAUUAACAAAGAAAAUCUACAAAUUGGAGGGCAAAAUCGGUUUGAUUGUUGCACGUUGAUAGGGAUCGACUUAGGUCGUUCCUUCCAUGUAGUGGUAUGGAUCCCGGGAAAUCAUCAAACUCCCAAAGUCCUGGGCGAGGCAUGUUUGACGCUGCCAAUCUUAUCAGCCCAUUCAGCACAGCUACCACAUCAUCUUCCUUUGUCCCUCUCUCCAGCAUCCCCAGUGCUUUCUCCAUGUUUGGUCGCCACCCUGUGUUCCCACCGCCCUUUGGAGGACUAGGUGUAUUGAGCCCAGGGAUUGGUCCAGGAAUUGGACCAAUGACAGGUGGCGCUGAUUGGUGGCGUGCGGCAUCUGAGCAUGCUCGGAGGCUAGCCACGACCGCAGAACUGGAAUAUUACAGCGGGGCUCUCAGCAGCCCUCUGUCGCCCCACUUUGGAACUCUUUCAACCAGCAGUACAGCCGAGUCAACAAUGAAUGGCAUCUUUUCUGCUCCGCUGUUUCAACCCUACGUAACCACCACAUCAUCGACAACAUCAGUGAUGACUUCGCCGUCAUCCACCUCAUCUCCUGUCAUGUCACCUGCCAAGUCGUCAUUGUCAUCAUCGUCGUCAUCAUCGUCUUCAUCAUCAUCAGCAUCCAAGUCAAUGGUAACCACAGCAACAACACAAACCCCCACCACCUCCGUACUGACGACCUCUUCCUCCAGUACCAGCAGCGCAAUCAGCACCUCCAGUUUUGGGAAAGGGCGUAAGAAGUCCACCAGCGGUCUGCCAAUGACCUCACAAACACCUGUUAUCAUGACGAUACCCAAACCUAAGCCUGCUCUUACCCCACCUAAACUCAAUGCCGAGGAAGUCACCAAGAAAAUGAAUCUGCCUUCUGCUUAUGAGGAGGUUGCUCUAAAUCUGUCCAAAUCGGACAACAAGAGACGUCUUAGCUCCAGCACAGAUAACCUGAAGUCUCCUUCCAAAAAGAGACACGACUCCGAGGAAGACACCUCUCACAAAAAACUGAUCGCCGAGAAGUUGCAGCAGAAGAUGAGAAAGCAGGCGUUGGCCCUGGGGAACAUCGCUAAAUCCCCGUCCACUCCGCACACCAAACCCUCCUGUGGCAGGAGGAAACAGUCCAGCACCUCUCCCAUCACCACCACUUCUGCCACCGCCACCGCGGACUCUCCCGGUGCCAGACACACCAUUACUACUAACCUCCUGGGAGGUGGGAAGUUCCCCACUUCUCCACUGUUCUCUAACCCAAGUCCAUUUCUGGUGGGGGACAAGUCCCCUACAUCCCCAGGGUUAAGCCCCCCGGGGUUAGGGAUGUGGGGCAGAAGAUUGUCGAGCAGCAGUGGUGGCAGCACCAACACAGAACAAGCUACCUUUGCUGCCACGGCCGCGGAAAAAGAAGAGCUCUCCUUUGCUAAGCUAGCAGCCAGCAGUGAGAAAUCGUCCAUCACCAUGACAACGACUACAACUGAUGCCACCGCAUCCAUGGCAACCAGUGCCACGCCAACCUCAACCUCAAAACCAAAGCAGCUACAAGGCGGGAUGACUGCGGAAAAGAUGGGACGUCUUUUCCCGGGCCUCAUGGGACUCAAACAACCUGCUCUGCCUAGUGACACACCCUUAGUGAUAUCUACAGGUCCAGCUUCACCUACGGCAACAUCAGCCAUUGCUGGGACAAAGACCAGUUCAACACUCGCCUCUCCACGGAGUCCAAUAAGCCCUGGCUUAAGUAUGGGGAAGGUGAUUGGUGGGCCAACAACAGACAAACCAAGGGGAAGGGGCAGAAAAUCAUCCUCAGAUGAUCCCAGGGUUGGAGCACCUAAGGGAAGAGGCAGGGGGAAAUACACCAAAAGCCAGAAGGGGGCACCAGUGGAGGACGAUGAUGCAGUGGAGCAAAAAAGGAAGCAAGAACUUCUCAAGGCCAAGUUAGAGGCUGAGCUGAAGCAGCAGCAGUUACAGCUACGCCUACAGAGGAAGGCACAGGCUAUGAAGGAGAAGGAAAUAGCCAUGAAAAGUCCGGGCCAGCAAGCCCGCUCCCAAGACAAACUACAACAACAGAGACAAAAGUUAUUACAAGAGCAACAAAGAUUACAGCAGCAGCUGGAUGAACAACAGCAGCAUUUACAACAACAACGAGAACAAUCCCAGCAGCAGCAACAGACUGAGCAGAAAGUACAGAAGAAAAAAAGACAAAGGAAAACGAAAGAGCAGAAGGCCGCUGCAGCUUCUACAAUAUCUAAACCCCAGGAGUCAAAAUUAGCUCAGGUGCUACUUAGUUCUGCUCUUAUCAAUGCUCCCGCAGGACAAGAGAAUGGUGAAAAGCUAGUCGCCAAGUUUAAGACUAUAAGCAAGAAGAAAACAAAGUCUGAAACCCAGCAAAGUUCAGAGGAAAGCAGCGCCAAAGGGGAGUCUGACUCAGGGUCAGGUGACAGCUCCUCCAGCAGUGACACUGACAACAAGUCGGGAGGAGACAGCUCGGCUCAGGACAGCGAUGACUUGCCUCUCAAGGGAUUGAAACGCCAAGCUGAGGAGGGUGAGACUGCCACCCCCCGGAAGAGACACAAAGUAACAGAUGAGAGAGCACUGUUUAUACCCAUGGAAGAAGGUUGGAAACGACACACCCAUGUGCGUACUCUGGGUCCCCGGGGUAUCCUGGGAGAGGUGAUAUACCUGGCACCCUGCGGGAAGAGGCUCAAGACUUAUCCAGACAUCACCAGGUACCUUGCCAGGAACAACAUAACACACCUGACCAAGGACCACUUUACCUUCAGUACUAAGUUUAACAUUGGAGUCUUCUACAGACAGAAUCUAACAGGAAAACCUAUGGAGUCGCAGGAAAUGCCUGAGGAAGAGGUGCACAGCCUUUACACCACCAUUGAGUCUCGUCGUGCCAAGAGAAUGUCAGGUCCACAGCGAAGACUCCAGAUGAAGAAGAUCAAACAGCUGACCAAGAAAGCCAUGGAGAUGAAACAGAAAAGACAGGCGGAACAGCAGGAAAUGGCACAGAGACUAGAAGACAUUACCAAGAAGAGGAAGGCAGAGAAACAAACUCUGAAAGAAGCUGCAUCCAAGGCCAAACAAUUCAGAGAUGAGGAAAGAAGAAAACAGAAGGAACAGAUGAAGUUGUUGAAACAGCAGGAAAAAUUGCAGAGGCAAGAGCAGCUGAGGAUGGAGAGAGAGAUGAGAGCUCAGCAUGUGGUGGAGGCACGGAAGCGUAGGAAAGAGGAGCUCCAGUCCCAAAGGUUUGCGGAGACGCUGCGAAAAGCCAAGGAGCGAGAACUGAAAAGACAGCAGGCUGUUCUUCUUAAAGAACAGGAAAGGGAACGGCAACAACACAUGAUGUUUGUACUUAAUUUGGAGAGAGAGCGACGACGUCAGCACAUGAUGUUGGUCAAAGCCUUGGAGAACCGGCGUAAACUGGAGGAGAAGGAGAGACUGAAGGAGGAGAAGAAAGCCGAGAAAAGGCUGACCAAGCAGAGGAAGCUGGAACAAAAGAGGUUAGAAAUCCAAAUGGCCAAAGAACUGAAGAAACCAGUUGAAGACAUGCAGCUGAUGGAUGCCAAGCCUCUCCCCACCCUGAACAGAAUCCCUGGGGUCAAGUUACCAGGGCCAGCCUUUGCAGACUGCCUCAUGGUUGUGGAGUUCCUGCACAAUUUUGGCAAUGCGCUAGGAUUGGACAAGGACUCAAUCCCCUCCCUGAACACAAUCCAAAUGGGGAUGUUGAAUGAUGAAGAGGAGCUGGAAGAAGUGCUCUCCCUCAUGACUCACCUGCUCAAGUUUGCUCUGGAUGACCCUGGGGUACCUAACCCCAAGGAGGCAACCACCUUGCUGAAUGAAAAGAUAACAGAUGUUGAUUUGAAUGAGAACAACAUUUCUGAAGUUCUGAGAAUCUUCUUGGUGGCCAGGAAUGGGAGUCAGGACGAGUUAACAGAGCAGCUUAAGUUCCGUCCCUACCAAGCCUUCAACAGUACCCAGAAGGCCUCACUGCUGGGGGCGCUGUGCAACGAAUUGCUGUGUAGUAAAGUCAUUACAAAUGAAAUUGAGCGUAACAUUGACACAGUGUCGAACCUCAGACGCGACAAGUGGGUAGUGGAAGGAAAAAUAAGAAAAAUGAAGCACCUCCAGUCCAAGAAGUUUGGCAAGUCAUCCCCGUCCACCAGCCGUGCCGAGAUCACCAAUGGAGACAGCACCAUGUUCAAUGAAAGCUCCAUCUUCACCAUGGACAACGAUGACAGCAGUAGCGUGGCGCCAUCUGGCAGGAGCAGCAAGCGGGGCAGUGAUGAUGAGCAUGAGGACGGGGAAGAUGAAAGUGGAAACGAGAGCGAGGGUCCAGAGGGAGAGGGCCAUGCUGAUGCAGAGGCUGAACAUGAGGAGGAAGAACAGGUAUCACAAGAGGAAUUGGAGAAGAAAAUUGAGAAACUGACAAAGCAACAAGGUCAGUACAGAAACAAGGUAUUUGAUGCAGCUCAAAAGUUACGUGCAAUGGCGUUUGGUCAAGACCGCUACAAACGUCGCUACUGGGUGCUGCCAUACUGUGGAGGAAUAUUUGUGGAGGGGAAAGAAUCCAGCGAACUGCCAACUGAUGAGGAGAAGGAUAGUUUAAAAACAGAAGACCAAAAAUGUUCUUUGUCAGUGACUGAAAAUUUGGAAGGGAACAAAGUAGCAGAGAAUUCUGAUGUCAAAAAGGAAAAGGGUUCCACUUGUAAAUCACCAAAAAUCAAAACCGAAAUGAGCACAUUGCCAAUUAAUGGGGCUGUCAACAUUCCUGAUCAAAAAACUCAAAGUGAGGAUAAAUCAAGCACCAAUUUGUUCCUCCAGGAGCCAAGUACUACCAAGUUCAGUGACCUAAUUCAGCCAAAGUCUGAAGAAAACAGUUUGAAAGUGGCCACAGGGAGUAUGGACAGUAAAGGGAACAGCAGCAUGACCUCUCCGACCUCCACCCCUGCAAAGCCUGGUUUCAUGAGCAUUGACAGUAUACUGAAGAAAGACUUUGUUAGCUCACCGAGCCUUCUUAGUUCAUCUUGUCUCACUACAACUCUGAGUUCCACUGUAAACAGCACAAUUGAUAUGGUGAUGAAGAACCACAGUGUGGAGCCCAUCAACCAAUCCUGGUUCAGCAUCAUUCCCAGAGUUCCCUGCGAUGACAGCUCAAUUGUACACAGCCCAGGUACUCCUAAAACAAAGACUAGUCUGGAGACCUCGCAUUCCUCAUCAUUUGGAAGUCAUAGUGCAUUCAGUCCAUUCCAAAAAUUGAACUCCACUCCAACUUUUGCUGGCUUCCAAAUGGGCCAGAUUGGCAACCAGCAGGGCUAUGCAUACCCUGGUUUACCAGUGUUUGGAUCUAGUCCAAUACCUCACUCAGGACCAAACUCUAAGCCGGAUACUCAGGGUACGUCACAUGGUGCAAUAGAGACAGUGGCAGGGCUGAAAGAGGUUCCAGCAGAAGCUUUAAAGCAACACUCAGAGCCUAAACCUAUACCUAAAGAACUUGAGCGUGGUUGGUGGAGGAUCACAGACCCCAAUCAGCUGAAGCAGGUGAUGAGAUGUCUGCAUAUGAGAGGGAUAAGGGAGAGAGCCCUGCAGAAGACAGUACAGAAAUACAACGACUAUGCAUGUACAGCUUGCAGCAAAGGAAGCAAAGAAGCCACAGAGUUGGAGAUCACAGACCAGGACAAGAAGAUCUCUCAGACAGAGGCAGGUGCUCCUGACCCUGACCCCCGCGACCUCUGGCUGCCGGAGACUGCCCUGGACCUGGAGAUCUCCGUCCUGGAGGAUGUGGAGAGUUUGGAGGAGAGGAUAUUUAAUGCCAGUUUACAAGUUAAGGGAUGGAAGCUGCCUCCCAAAGCCACAGAAGAGGAAGAGGUGAAGCUGGUCUCCAGGACAACCAUCAUUAAGAAGGAUGAUGAGUUCUAUCCAUUGGAGCUGGCCAAAGAGAGACUGGUGAAUUUAGAGAACAACAUUGAGAGAAGAUAUCUGAAGCCUCCCUUUAUCAAGUCGCCAGAGCUGGACAUGACCAAGCUGACCAAGCCAGGGAACGAGAGUCCGUCCUCUUCAGACGACAGUGACACAGAUGACACCACACCAGCUCUAUUGCUAUGGCGACGGGCUGUCACCUCGGCAACGAAUCCAUCCCAGCUGAUGAUGUGUGUACUACAGCUGAACAAGGCCAUAGCCUGGGAGAAAAGCAUAAUGAAAGUGUCCUGCCAGAUCUGCCAUCUUGAUGAUAAUGAGGCAGAGUUAUUGCUAUGUGACAGCUGUGACAAGGGGUUCCACACCUACUGCUUCAAGCCUAAGAUGGAGAAUAUUCCAGACGGAGACUGGUAUUGUUACGAGUGUAUCUCCAAGGCGUCAGGUCAUCCACACUGUCUGGUGUGUGGGAGAAAGAACGGCAAGAUGGCGGAAUGUGACAAGUGCGAUAAGGCGUACCACAUUGAUUGCUUAAAUCCUCCGUUACCCAGACUGCCAAGAAAGUACACCUGUAUUUCCUGUCUAAUGAACAAAACCAAAUGUAAAGGGAAAAGGGGACGGAAGAGUAAGCAAGAGAAGGAACUAGAAAUAUUGACGGAAGCAGCUAAGGCAGCCGGGGAGAAGAGAAGUAAGGAAGAAAAUGCCAUGGAUCUCACACCUUGUGGUAUUAUGUUGGAGGAGUUAGAGGACCAUGAGGAUGGCUGGCCCUUCCUAAAGCCAGUGAACACCCGGCAGUUCCCUCAGUACAGGAAGGUGAUCAAGCAGCCUAUGGACUUUGCCACCAUGAGAGCCAAACUAGAGGACAACGAUUACAAGACUCGCCAGGAGUUUGCCUCGGAUGUUAGGAUCAUCUUUGACAAUUGUCGGACAUUCAACGAGGACGACUCGGACGUUGGUCAAGCUGGACAUAACAUGAGGAAGUACUUUGAAGUGAGGUGGAAGGAGCUGUGUAAGAUACACUCCUAGCCAGGGGUCAUUUAUAGCCUGAAAAAUAUCACGCUUAUCAGUGACUUGCGGGUAUUCUGGAAGAUGGUCUAAUUGUUUUAUGGAAAGAUGGAUGGAUGUAAGCAGGCUUAGAUCUUUAAUUUAUUAUCAAUAUGAUUACUGGUCAUUAUUAUUAUUAUUAUUAUUAUUAUUAUUAUUGCAGUCUUUGGAAGGCAGUGUUGAUAGCAUUGUGGGAGGCAGUUGCUAGCAUAGUUAAGUCUGUCGAAGUUUGAAAGUAAAACAUGCUGUGAAAUAACCAUAUGCUUGGUUUAUUAUAAUUAUGCCCUUUUCACACCCAGUGGUACAGUUAACUGGCCCAGGUAGCUUCCUGAGGUCCUUCCAUUUAACCAUGCUGCAGGGGGGGG